CGUAACCGGGUUGCUACGUCACGUACAUGUACGUACGUGUAGUUCGUAUAAAAUACAUCGGUCGGUGUGUGUGCGACACAGUUUGUCAACAAAACAGUAAUUAAUAAACCUACAGUAAAUUCUCUCGGUGACUACAAGCUUUUACAACUAGGCCUAGAACCUACUUUAUUUAUCGACAAUGUGUCCGACACUAGGAAAGGACGUUGCUACGUCGACUGUCAAUGGCGAACUGAGGAACCCUUCAGAAGAGUACUCGGUAAAAUUCCUGCCCAACAUGAUAUCGAUCGAUCAACUCCAAAUAAGUCAGCGCCAGACGGCUCAGCUUGAGCGGGAAAACAAACGGCUCAUCUCUCAACUCAGGGAAGUUAUCGACAUGAACAGAAACUGGCAGAGAUAUGAUGAGCAACGUGACGCGUACAUCGUCAAACUCCACGAGGCUAACAACGAUCUCCUGAGUAAACUUUCCUCCACGAAGAAGAGCGUCUCGGAGCUGCAGAGACAGGUCUCGCAGGAGAAACUUGCAAACUCUGAGAAGCAGUUUUGCGCUGCAUCCUCCUCAUCUGCCGGUCAGGAUGUAGGUAUGGAUGCAAGAAUGGCUGUGAAGGAGAAAGAGUUAUACACACUUAAAGAUGAAAUUGAACGUCUUAAUGAGUACAUUGCAUCCUUGCAGAGAAGUGAAUCAAAGAGAAGGAGGAAUGAAGAGGAGAGAAUAUCCAUCUUCAAAGCUCAGAUUGAAGCUUGCAUGGACGACUUCAGACAAGAGAGGGCCGAUUCUGAGAAAGUCAAGACAGAGAAACUGCGAUUGAGAGGACGUCUUGAUGAUGCAGAAACUACUAUUUCAGCUCUUCGUGCAGAGGUUAACGAACUAGUGGCAGAAACUCAAUGGCUGCUUGACAGACCUUCAAAAUAUACUCAUCACUAUGCUAACUACACAGGAGCUCCCUCAAAACCCAAUCACUUCUACAGAAAGUACCUCCCGAAUGAACAGAGUGCACGAGUCGGUGGCAGAGGGUGGGAUGUCCCAGAUUAUAGAUCCACUUUGCCAAGUGAUGUCGAAGUUGAUGGUAUCAGCGAAUCUCUAUCCAAAUCUUCAGUAGCUACCCCAGAAAUCACAGAAGGAGAGACUGUCGAAACCACUACCAGCUCAGACGCUGCUGUAUCUAUGUCAGGCGUCUCCUCAGGACAGGGCUGCAUCAUGGAACCCAGAGAGGUCCUGGAGAAGACUUUGAAGUGCCCUCAGUGUUUGAAGGAGUUUUCGGUAGAGGGCCACGCUAAGCUGCUGGAGCACAUUGAGGUAUGCAUUGGGAGAAAGGAGGAGGAACCAGCAUCAAUUGAUGAUGAGAGGUAUUGAAAUGAACAUUCAUCCACUUGAUUAGGUUGUUGACCCCAGGUCACUGACCUCCAGGUAUUUAGCCACCCAGGCCUCGGGGCCCCACUGCAAAAAAUACUAGAACGCUGCACUCGGGGUUGUCACUGGACUUACGAGAUGAUGGUGGAAAAUAAAGUAUUUAAUAAACGCCAACAGCUUGCAUGACUACUGAGCUAAGCUAAACCAUUCAAAGUAUACUGUAUGUUUUGAUUGACUCUGUUAAGGACUGCUAUAUUAAACUGAUUGUGCUUUCGGAGAAUCUUGGCUUGAUUUUAUUAGGAGCUAAGAUUGAUUUGAUCAUAAUUCAGUGGAAAAGUUUAAUGUCACAAUGUAAACCACUUCUUCAUUUGGGACACCUCAUCUUAGGUUGAAUUGUUGUGCUUUAUGAAAUUGAGUAUUUGGCUCUCGUUAAGACACAGGUUGGCUCUGUGGUUUCUUUCCCUGCUUUUCACCUCUGUGGACCCUGGUUCGAAUCCAACCUAGGACCAGAACCUUGGAUUGUUGAUUGGGUCUUCAGUCCCUGCCUGGUUGCAUUGUUUCCCCUCUUCGGGGUUUUUCCUUCCACAUUCUUGUUUCCUAAUCACAUUACACAUCCUGUUGGGUUUGAUGUGUAAUGAAAUGGCAACAGUAAUCUGCCAAAUUACCUGCCAUUUUGUAAUUCAUAUAGCCCUGUAUAGAUAUGGUGUGCAUCUGACUGCAAUUGCUUUACCUCGAACACACUCGGAAGUUCUGGAACAGGAACACUGACUCCCAAAAUGGUGGGACAGUGAUUUUACUUUUGAUGAUAUUGGGUCAACACAAGGGCCCCAUUUCAUAGAGCUGCUUAAGCACAAAAUGUUGCUUAAUAAGCAAAACAAAUCCUUGCUUCGU